GGCACACAGAAGCAGACUCUCCUUGCAGUUUGGAGGAGGAACGCAAGGUGCGUCGACACCACACUUGGAAAAGGGACAAUAUAGCUCACGACGGACGAAACAAGUGUUGUUCUUGCAUGAAGGACGAAGUAUCAGACUUCGCCAGCAGGACCGCGUGAAGUAGACAGCAGCCGCGGGGUGAGACAUCCGAGUGGGCGUGGAGAGGGCAGCCCAGAAGCAGUUCCUAGCGGCCCGCUUGAAGAACCAGCAAGCGACAGGAGGAGAAUGGGUGGCGCAAAGCAGGAUCGCAGGAGUGUCAGUAGGAAAGGAAGAUUUUUCAUGGGAAUGCUCGCGCUUCAGUUCGGGCUCCAGCCGGUGUUGCAGAAGGCUUGCGUGGACAAGCACAGCGUGGACCGCAUGUCCCUCAUCAUUGUCACCGAAAUGACCAAGAUCACCCUUUGCGUGUUAAUUAUCUGGUCGUCUGGGUCAAAGGCCGUUACACGUGCUCUCCUCCAUUCCAUCUUUCCUGGCGCCCUUCUUCUGCUGACUUUCAGACCCAUGCUUGAAUCGUGGACCCUUCGAGGGAGUCUCGAGGCGGCGGCGCUACCGGCCGUCGGGUACGCCCUGCAGAACUGGCUAUCCCAGCUGGCCUACAUGAACCUGGACUCCCUGACGUUCAACCUCCUCAAUCAAACCAAGACCCUCUUCGCCGCGCUCUGCCUGUACCUCGUCAUGGGCAAGAAGCAGUCCCGCUUGCAGCUCGUCGCCCUCUCGCUCUUACUAGCGGCGGCCCUUCUCCUCAACUCAGGUAGCAGUGGCGGUGAUUCAAAGGCAGGCACUAGGGAAAGGGGGCUGUUUACGUCGGAGGCAGAUGAUUCUGCGCGGCUUUGGCUGGGCGUGCUCCCCGUUAUGGCGGCGGCCCUGAUGUCCGGGUUGAUGGGAGCGGUAACCCAGAGGACGCUGCAGAGGAGCGGCCGCAAUUCGUCCCAGCUUUCUCUAGAGUUAGCCGUAUACGGCGUUUUUACCUUGCUGCUAACAUCGGGAUCCGGGAUCGGUGGGUCAAACGCGGUGAAGUUAGCAGGAGGAAGUAGUGCGUUCCAGGGAUGGACCAAGUGGACUUGCAUACCCGUGCUCAGUCAGGCGGCAGGCGGAUUGAUCGUGGGCCAGGUGACGAAGCACGCUGGGAGCGUCCAGAAGGGUUUUGCUUUGAUAGGAGGUAUCCUCGUGACGGCGGCAGUGCAGAGCACUAUGGAGAAGUCGACUCUUACUAUGACGCACUGGACGGCGGCGGCGCUUGUCGCUGGAGGCACCUACCUGCACGCCAACUUCCCCCAUCAGGGCCCCAAGAAACCUGAGAAGAUGCUCUGACAACACUGGUGGCCUGUCAGCUAUGCCUGGACACACCCCAUAGGGGGCUACGAGCCUGUAGAUGCCCUGGUGGUACCUUGCUAAGUAGGGGAUAAGCCUAAAUUGUCCGCGGUGGGAUACGCUGCCUGGUCUGAACCCAGUGAAAGCCCUGCAAGUUUCGUGGCAGGGUUGUGGGACGGGACGAGGGAGUGCGGAAAAGAGACCACAGGACACACCUACUUAUUCUUUUUGUUCCCCCUGUUGGGGUAUUUAGCUGGCACUGCUCUGCUUCUGAUAGAGCAAUGCAAGUUGUUGCCUGAACGCCAGAAAAUACAGACCGAGUGGGUCCCUUGGUUACAGAUUACAGAGGUGGGGAAAAAAAUACAUUGCGAGGAGAUAUUAGCGGUCUACCUCAAGGAACGAACGGCAGAUUGAACGGCAGAGCGAGUUUGUGCGUAGGAGCAGGAGAUUCCGGAAUUGUACGUCCCUGUGUAUGCUGUAGUCUACGGGCCCCUCCCUCAAGUAAGUCAGCCCCCCAUCGCCUUUGUUAGCAUCGAAAGGGAUUGUUUUUGCGGGCUAGUCAAGCGUCAGUCCUUGCAGGUGCGUAACAGCAAAUAGUAUUUGGAGUCACUCAUGAACGACGAUAUUGUUAU